AUAGUACAGGAUACGAAGAAAUGUGACUGUCCAGCAAAGAUCCACCUAAGGAAAAUAAUCAAGUAUCCUGAAAAUAAGGUCAGUUUAUUUUAAUUAUUGAAUAAGGGUUCAGGGGGCACUACCAUUAACAUGAAUGAUCACUAGCCUAAUAAAGGGUGCUUAUUAUCCUUAUGGGCCUUGUUACAUGUAGGUGAAGUGGACAUAUGAUAAGACAACCUGGACAUUUUGUUGUGCAGAAUUGAAACAAAUAUACCUGUAAUGGAAACAGAGUGAAUAUUUUAGAAACCAAUUUUUCAAAUAUUAUUUUAAUUAAAACAUUGUAUCGUUAGAUUUCAGAGAACACAAAGAGUAGAAGGGAGACAAUGUCAAAAUUUCUGAGAACAUCCCUAGAGUCAGAAAAGAAGCAA